UUUGCUCGCCUUGAAUUAUAUACCUGCUGAUAAUGAUUUACUGACAGUUAACAAUUUUCUGAUAAAGUAGGAUUCUUAAUCCUUCCUUUUUUGGUGUUAUUAGCAGAAAAACAGAUCUCUUAAUAAUUUAAAAUAAGUUACCCUUCGAACAGAACAAACCGUUUUCCAAAUAUAUAAGGAUUAGGAUAGUCAAAUGUUAUUAUUUUUAGAAAUCGGAUUGCUAUCACGUCUGGCAUGAUCGGAACUGACGGACACCCAGCCAAACGUAGAAAAUCAACAUUAGCCAUGAGCCUGAAAGCGAUCAAGUAUAGUAAUGGAAAAUUAGAAAUCUUGGAUCAGCUUUUGCUUCCAGCUCAAUCGAAAUAUAUUGAUGUCAAAGGAGUCGAAGAUGGCUGGAAAGCCAUUAAUAAAAUGCAGGUACGAGGAGCCCCUGCAAUAGCUAUUGUUGGAUGCCUAUCGCUAGCUGUUGAGGUCUUUGAUGAAAAGUUUGACACCAAACAAACCUUUAAGCAGGAGGUGGAAGGCAAGCUGAAUUAUUUGGUUUCCGCCCGACCAACGGCGGUCAACAUGAAGCUGGCUGCCGAGGAUUUGAUCUCACUGGCGAACGCUCUGGCACAGGAUGAAUCCGUUUCGGUGGACACUAUGAAAGCGAAGUUCUUGAAGUCGAUUGAAGACAUGCUCGAAAAAGAUAUUGCCGACAAUAUGGCGAUAGGUAAAAAUGGUGCCGAAGUCAUACUAUCCCACAUUCCCAACGGAGGAGCAGUCAGAGUACUGACACAUUGCAAUACUGGAUCACUAGCGACGGCAGGAUAUGGAACUGCACUUGGAGUCAUUCGGAAACUGCAUGAAAUGAAUCGAUUAGAACACGUAUAUUGUACCGAAACGAGGCCAUACAACCAAGGUGCCAGGUUGACAGCCUAUGAGCUUGUCCACGAUAAGUUACCGGCGACGUUGAUUUUGGACAACAUGGUCGCAUCGCUUUUCAAGUCCCGACGGGUAGCGGCAGUGGUUGUCGGAGCGGAUAGAGUUGCUGCCAAUGGCGAUACGGCCAACAAGAUCGGAACGUACCAGAUUGGUGUGGUAGCCAAGUACCACGAUGUGCCAUUUUAUGUAGCGGCACCGUUUACAUCUAUUGACUUGAAAAUCCCGUCCGGCGAUAUGAUUGUCAUUGAGGAGCGACCUGACCGCGAAAUGACACAUGUAGGAGAGCACAGAAUAGCUGCGCCAGGUAUUGCAUGUUGGAAUCCGGCGUUCGAUGUUACAACUGCUGAUCUAAUAACCGGUAUCAUCACGGAGAAGGGAGUGUUCAAGCCAUCCGAGUUAAAGGAGAAGGUAGAGCAAAUUAAUUCUACGAAUCAAUCAAUAUGAAUGUCGUAACCUAGAUCAUUACGCCUAUGCACAAUAAAUCAUGAAUUUCGUUUUUCUA